CGCUGCAGGUCUCGGCCGCCAUCGGCACCAACCUGCGCCGGUUCCGGGCCGUCUUCGGGGACGGCGGAGAGGAUGAGCAGUUCUUAGGUUUUGGCUCAGAUGAAGAAGUCAAAGUGCGAAGUCCCACAAGGUCCCCUUCAGCUAAAUCCAGUCCUCGGAAGCCCCGCGGGAGACCCAGGAGCAACUCUGACCGGAGCUCGGCCGCCCUCUCGGACUCUUCGCCCGUAUUCUCCCCGCUGAGCAAAGCGGAGACCAAACCCGGGGAGAAGAUCAAGAGGAAGGAAGCUAAAGGUGGGGAAAAGAGGCGGGGCAGGCCGCCAGCCCUCAGCACCGUGAAGUUCAAGCUCUCCCAAGGGAAGGACGCCGCCGAGGUAGCGAAGGGGAGCAGAGACGACAGCCUGAAGAAGAUGAAGCGCGCCCCUUCCGCCACCUUUCAGCACGCCGCCAAGAUCAAGAAGCUGAGAGCCGGGAAACUGUCCCCGCUGAAGUCAAAGUUCAAGAGCGGGAAGCUGCAGAUCGGCAGGAAGGGGGUGCAGAUGGUCCGGAGACGAGGAAGGCCCCCGUCGUCGGAGCGGCUGAAGACCCCCUCCCCGCUGCUCGUUAGCUCUCAGCUGGAGAAGCCCCAGAGGGUCCGCAGGGAGAAGGACGGCACCCCGCCGCUCACCAAGGAAGAGAAGACGGCCGUCAGACAGAGCCCCCGCAGGCUGAAGCCCGUGAGGAUCAUCCCCUCCACCAAAAGGACGGACGCCACCAUCGCCAAGCAGCUCCUGCAGAGGGCCAAGAAGGGGGCUCAGAAGAAGAUCGAGAAAGAGGCGGCUCAGCUGCAGGGGCGGAAGGUGAAGACGCAGGUCAAAAACAUCCGGCAGUUCAUCAUGCCCGUGGUCAGCGCCAUCUCCUCGCGCAUCAUCAAGACCCCCCGGCGGUUCAUCGAGGACGAGGACUACGACCCGCCGAUUAAAAUCGCUCGCCUGGAGUCGACGCCGAACAGCCGGUUCAGCGCCCCGUCCUGCGGGUCCUCGGAGAAGUCGAGCGCGGCCUCGCAGCACUCCUCGCAGCUGUCCUCCGACUCCUCCCGCUCCAGCAGCCCCAGUGUGGACACGUCCACGGACUCUCAGGCCUCCGAGGAGCUGCAGGCCCUCUCGGAGGAGCGGAGCGACACUCCGGAGGGCCGGGCCCCCCUGCCCGUCCCCCCGUCCCCGGAAGACGACGGCGGCGGGGGCGGGAGGAGCCGCAGGUUCUCCAUGUCCGACAGGAGCUUUGGGCCCCGGGCCACCAAGAAGCUGGCGGGCUUGCAGGGCGCCGCGCCGCAGGCGGCCUCCUCCGCCUCUCCCCCGCCACCCCUGCUCACGCCGCCCCCGCCGCUGCAGGCGGCCUCGGGGAUCGCCGACCACACGCCGUGGCUCAUGCCCCCGACGAUCCCACUGGCCUCCCCCUUCCUGGCCGCCUCCGCGGCCCCCAUGCAGGAGAAGCGGAAGUCCAUCCUGCGGGAGCCGACGUUCCGGUGGACCUCUCUGAAGCAUUCUCGGGCGGAGCCCCAGUACUUCUCCUCAGCCAAGUAUGCCAAAGAAGGGCUCAUCCGCAAGCCGAUCUUCGAUAACUUCCGGCCCCCGCCGCUGACCCCCGAGGAUGUGGGCUUCGCCUCCGGUUUCUCGGGCCCCGGCUCCAGUGCCCCGGCCCGGAUGUUUUCGGCCUUGCACUCCGGCACCAGGUUCGACGUGCACAAGCGGAGCCCCCUCCUGCGGGCCCCGAGGUUCACCCCGAGCGAGGCCCACUCCCGGAUCUUCGAAGUGGUGACGAUGCCCGGGAACCGGUCCUCCGCCGGCGGCUCCUCCGCCGGGGGGUCUUCGCGGAAGAGGAAGAGGAGGGUUUUCAGCCCCAUCAGGGCCGAGCCCCGGUCCCCCUCGCACUCCAUGAGGACGAGGAGCGGGAGGCUGAGUACCUCGGAGCUGUCGCCCCUCACCCCGCCAUCCUCGGUCGCUUCCUCCCUGAGCAUCUCCGUCAGCCCCCUCGCCGCCAGUGCCUUAAACCCCGCCUUCGCUUUUCCCUCCCAUUCCCUGGCCCAGGCCGGGGAGCCUGCCGACAAGAGCCAGAAAGCGAGGAAGCAGGCGAGCGCCCCGGCGGAGCCGUUCUCGUCCGGCAGCCCGACCCCCCUGUUCCCCUGGUUCACGCAGAGCCCCCAGGCCGAGCGAGGGCGGAACAGAGAGCGGCCCGCCGAGGAGCUGGCCAAAGAGCGGGACCCGGACAAGGGCCCGGAGAAGGACAAGGGCCGGGAGAAAGACCGGGAGCGGGAGAAGGAGAACAAGCGCGAGUCGAGGAAAGAGAAGCGGAGGAAGGGGGCGGAAGUUCAGAGCGGCGCGGCUCUGUUUCCCCUCGCGAGGGGGUCCCGAGAGAAGGGGGUCGCGGAGGACCUCGCCGCCCCGUCUUCCGCCCGGAAGGCUGCCGGGCGGAAGAAGUCGUCCCCCCUCGACCCCGGCGUGGAGCCGGCCCCCGGGACCCUCGUGGAUCCGGCGGCCGUCAAAAGCAAAAUCCUUGUGAAGAAGGGGCGAGGGGGGCCGGACCGGGCCGGCCUGGACCUCGGCCCCGGCGCCCAGGCCCCGGAGAAGGACAGAGUCCUCUGUCUUCCCGUCCCCUCGUCGAGCACCGUGAAGCACGCCACUUCCUCCAUCAGCUCCAUGUUGGCCCAGGCGGACAAGCUUCCAAUGACGGACAAGAGAGUGGCCAGCCUCCUGAAAAAGGCCAAAGCCCAGCUCUACAAGAUCGAGAAGAGCAAGACGCUCAAGCAGGCCGACCAGCCCAAAGCACAGGGUCAAGAGAGCGAUUCAUCCGAGACGUCCGUGCGAGGGCCCCGGAUCAAGCACGUCUGCAGGAGGGCGGCCGUCGCCCUCGGCCGCAAACGAGCGGUGUUUCCCGAUGACAUGCCCACCCUGAGUGCCUUACCGUGGGAAGAACGAGAAAAGAUUUUGUCUUCCAUGGGGAACGACGAUAAGUCUUCGAUCGCCGGCUCGGAAGACGCGGAACCUCUCGCCCCGCCCAUCAAGCCAAUUAAGCCCGUCACCCGGAAUAAGGCCCCCCAGGAGCCGCCAGUGAAGAAAGGGCGGCGAUCGAGACGAUGUGGGCAGUGCCCGGGCUGCCAGGUGCCCGAGGACUGCGGCGUCUGCACAAACUGCCUGGACAAGCCCAAAUUUGGCGGCCGCAACAUCAAGAAGCAGUGCUGCAAGAUGAGGAAAUGCCAGAACCUGCAGUGGAUGCCUUCCAAAGCCUACCUUCAGAAGCAAGCAAAAGCGGCAAAAAAGAAGGAGAAGAAGCCCAAGACCAGUGAGAAGAAAGAGAGCCACAGUGGGAAAACCAGCGUGGACUCCGGCCAGAAGCCGGCGCCUCCAGCGAGGGAGGACCAGGCCCCGAAGAAAAGCGCUGAGCCUCCUCCUCGGAAGCCCGGCCCCGAGGAGAAGAGCGAGGACGGGGGUGCGCCUCCCGCCGGCCCCGAUUCCAAGCAGCCUACCGCUCCCACCGCCAGGAAAGCUGGCAAACAGGUGGCCCCCCAGCCAGCGCAGGCCCCCCCGCCCCCGCCGUCUAGCACGGGACCCCUGAAAAAGGAAGCGCCCAAGACCGCUCCCGGUGAGCCCAAGAAGAAGCAGCAGCAGCAGCAGCAGCAGCCGCCGCCGCAACAACCGUCGCCACCGCCGCCACCACCGCCGUCGUCACCGCCACCGCCGCCACCUCCUUCUCAGCCAGACCCAGGACCGGAGCAGGGCAAGCAGAAAAAACCGGCUCCCCGCCCGAGUUUACCCGUGAAGCAGAAACCAAAAGAAAAGGAAAAGCCACCUCCGAUCAGCAAGCAGGAGAGCAGCCUGCUGAACUCCGUCACCACCCUCUCCAACGGGAGCACUUCGAAGCAGAAGCCGCAGGCAGAUGGAGUCCACAGGAUCCGUGUCGACUUUAAAGAGGAUUGCGAAGCAGAGAGCGUGUGGGAAAUGGGAGGCUUGGGCAUUCUUACAUCGGUCCCUAUAACACCCAGGGUGGUCUGCUUCCUCUGUGCCAGCAGUGGGCUUGUGGAGUUUGUGUAUUGCCAAGUGUGUUGUGAGCCCUUCCACAAGUUUUGUUUAGAGGAGAGUGAGCGCCCCCUAGAGGACCAGCUGGAAAACUGGUGUUGUCGGCGUUGCAAGUUUUGUCACGUUUGUGGGAGACAGCAUCAGGCCACAAAGCAGCUGCUGGAGUGUAAUAAGUGCCGAAACAGCUAUCACCCUGAGUGCCUGGGACCAAACUACCCAACCAAACCCACCAAGAAGAAGAAAGUCUGGAUCUGUACCAAAUGUGUUCGCUGUAAGAGCUGUGGAUCCACAACUCCAGGCAAAGGGUGGGACGCGCAGUGGUCUCACGAUUUCUCACUGUGUCAUGACUGUGCCAAACUUUUUGCUAAAGGCAACUUCUGUCCGCUCUGUGACAAGUGCUACGAUGAUGACGAUUACGAGAGUAAGAUGAUGCAGUGUGGGAAAUGCGAUCGCUGGGUCCACUCCAAGUGUGAGAACCUUUCAGAUGAGAUGUACGAGAUCCUCUCCAACCUGCCAGAGAGUGUGGCCUACACCUGUGUGAAUUGUACAGAGCGGCACCCGGCAGAGUGGAGGCUGGCCCUGGAAAAAGAGCUGCAGAUCUCCCUGAAUCAGGUCCUCACUGCCCUGCUGAACUCCAGGACGACGAGCCACUUGCUGCGUUACCGGCAGUCUACCAAGCCGCCUGACCUAAACCCAGAGACGGAGGAGAGCAUCCCGUCCCGGAGCUCCCCAGAAGGGCCCGAUCCACCCGUCCUGACCGAGGUCAGCAAACAGGAGGAACAGCAGCCCCUGGACCUGGAAGGAGUCAAGAGGAAAAUGGACCAAGGGAACUAUUCCUCCGUGUUGGAAUUCAGCGACGACAUCGUGAAGAUUAUUCAGGCGGCCAUUAACUCAGAUGGAGGGCAGCCAGAAGUUAAAAAAGCCAACAGCAUGGUCAAGUCCUUCUUCAUUCGGCAAAUGGAACGUGUCUUUCCAUGGUUCAGCGUCAAGAAAUCCAGAUUUUGGGAGCCAAAUAAAGUAACGAGCAACAGCGGGAUGUUGCCGAACGCGGUGUUGCCGCCUUCCCUCGACCACAACUACGCCCAGUGGCAGGAGCGAGAGGAGAACAGCCGCACCGAGCAGCCCCCGUUGAUGAAGAAGAUCAUUCCAGCUCCCAAACCCAAAGGGCCAGGAGAGCCAGACUCCCCGACUCCCCUACACCCGCCGACACCGCCUAGCAUCUCAAGGGCCGAAGUUGUUGAUGGGAGUCGGGAGGACAGUCCUGAAUUGAAUCCACCACCAGGAGUAGAAGACAAUCGGCAGUGUGCGUUGUGCUUGGCCUAUGGGGACGACGGCGCCAACGACGCCGGCCGCCUGCUUUACAUCGGCCAGAACGAGUGGACCCACGUGAACUGCGCCCUGUGGUCGGCGGAGGUGUUCGAAGACGAUGACGGCUCCUUGAAGAACGUGCACAUGGCUGUGAUCCGGGGCAAGCAGUUGAGGUGCGAGUGCUGCCAAAAGCCGGGGGCCACCGUGGGUUGCUGCCUCACGUCCUGCACCAGCAAUUACCACUUCAUGUGCUCUCGAGCUAAGAACUGCGUCUUUCUGGAUGACAAGAAAGUGUACUGCCAGCGACACCGCGACCUGAUCAAAGGCGAGGUGGUUCCUGAGAACGGAUUUGAGGUUCUUCGACGAGUAUUCGUGGACUUCGAAGGGCUCAGCUUGAGGAGGAAGUUUCUCAGUGGCCUGGAACCGGAGAACAUCCACAUGAUGAUCGGCUCGAUGACGAUUGACUGCCUGGGAAUUCUGAACGACCUCUCUGACUGUGAAGACAAGCUGUUUCCCAUCGGUUAUCAGUGUUCCAGGGUGUACUGGAGCACCACAGAUGCCCGGAAGCGCUGCGUGUACACGUGCAAGAUCCUGGAAUGCCGUCCCCCCGUCGUCGAGCCGGAUAUCAACAGGACCGUCGAGCACGAUGACAACCGGACGAUCGCUCACAGCCCAGCCCCUCCUUCCGAAACUUUGAAAGCGAGUCGGAGUACAGGCGAACUUGGAAAGCCUCGGUCCCCAGACCGGCCUCCCCGCGUCCAGACCUCCGCCUCUUAUUGCUAUCACAUGAUCGCCAAGGGCCCCAGGAUCCGCCCUCCCAGUUACUCCCCACCGCAGCGCUCCCCUGGCUCCCGGCCGCUGCCGUCUGCGGGGGGCCCUACCCCAACGGCCCACGAGAUCGUCACCGUGGGCGACCCGCUCCUCUCCUCCGGGCUGAGAAGCAUCGGCUCCAGGCGCCACAGCACUUCCUCCCUGUCGCCUCAGCAGUCCAGGCUCCGAAUGACGUCCCCCCUCAGAGCCGGGCCCGCCUCCGCCCGGCACGGCGCCUCUUCGGCCCCCGCCGACCACGAGCCGCAGGCCAAGACCGCCGACCGCUCCCUGGGGUCACCGGCCCCGGGCGCCCCGGCGGGUCAAGGCGUCCCCACCCCUCCGGGUGCGCAGAGGGCAGCGGCCGCGGGCGGGCCAAAGGGGAGCCACUCGGACGGGCCUCCGGCGGGAGAGCCGAAGCUCAGCGGCGCGGCCGAGCCGUCGGGCAGGGGCUUCUCCUCCAAGGGCGACAGGGCCAGGGCUCUCGGUGCCAAGGGCCCCGAGGGCCCGGCCUACCCAGGGAACGGGAGGGCGCCGGCCGCCGCCCACGGCUCAACCGACGUCGGCGGGAAACCGAGCCCCUUCGCCGAGUCCCCUUCGAGGCCGUUGCCUUCCAAAGAGGCCCUUUCCUUCCCCCCUCACCACCCGAGGGGGCCGAGGAAAGAGCGCGAGCCACCCGCCGACCACACCCAGCCGGAACACGCCUCCCCUCCUCUCCCAGCGCCCGGCUCCAGCGAGGGCUCGCUGGUGGGGUCCAGGGACAGGAGGCAGAAAGGGAGGAAGUCCUCUAAGGAGGCGUUCCGCGAGAAGCACCCCACGAAGGCCUUCCCGGACCCCGCCCCGUCGCUUGGCAGCCCGGAAGGAAACCCCAAGCUGGAGUUCGCGGGUCCCGUCCCGAUGCCCGACCACCUGGGCCCGAGGCAGUGUAAUAACUUCGCCGGUGAGAAGAGCGGCGACAGGGCCCCUCCGCCCCCGGCGGGUCCCAGAGGUCCGCCCGGGCACGGGGAGGGCCCUGCCAAGGAGGCCCCGGCCCCGCGGAAGCGCACGGUCAAAGUGACCCUCACCCCGCUCAAGAUGGAAGGCGAGAGCCCCACCCGAAACCCGCCGAAGGACGGCAGCCUGGAGACCCCGCCCCCGGGGACGGAGGCGGCCGGCCCGCCGGAGCCGCCGUCGUCGUCGUCCUCGCCGCCGCCGACCUCGUCGUCCGAGAGCCCCGGGGACGGCCCCGCGGGGCGGCCCGGCCCCCACGACCCUUCGUCCCGGGAGCCCCAGCGGGCCGCCUACCAGGGUCUCCCCGCCCCGGAGCGGAGCCUGCUGCUCGCCGACGGUCCCAAGCCUCAGGACGACGGGGCCUACAAGCGGCGCUACCCCCGCCGCAGCGCCCGAGCCCGCUCCAACAUGUUCUUCGGGCUCACCCCGCUCUACGGCGUCCGGUCCUACGGCGAGGAGGACCUCCCCUUCUACAGCAACUCGUCGGGGAAGAAGCGGGGCAAGAGGUCGGCGGAAGGGCAGGUGGACGGGGCCGACGACCUGAGCACCUCGGACGAAGACGACCUGUACUACUACAACUUCACCCGGACGGUGAUCGCCUCCGGCGGAGAGGAGCGGUUGGGGCCCCGUGGCCUGUUCCGGGAGGAGGAGCAGUGCGGCCUCCCCAAGAUCUCUCAGCUGGACGGGGUGGACGACGGGACGGAGAGCGACACCAGCGUCUCGGCCACGGCCCGGAAGGUCCACCCCGUCCCCAAGAGCAGCAGCAAAGAGAACGGGACGGACGGCCUCAAGCCGGACCGCCCGGAAGAAGCCGGGGAGAAGGAGCAGGCGGCCAAGGGCGGCGCGGGGCCCAAGGGCGGCGGCGACCCGAAGCUCGACAACUGCCACCCCGGGAGCCGGGGGAAAGCGCCGGGCCAGGACCCGCUGGAGGCCCAGCUCAGCUCGCUGGAGUCCGGCCGCAGGGUCCACGCCGGCCCGCCCUCCGCCGACAAGACCCUGCUGGACACGUACAACACCGAGCUCCUCAAGUCCGACUCGGACAACAACAACAGCGACGACUGCGGCAACAUCCUGCCCUCGGACAUCAUGGACUUCGUCCUGAAGAACACCCCCUCCAUGCAGGCGCUGGGCGAGAGCCCCGAGUCCUCGUCGUCGGAGCUGCUGACCCUCGGGGAGGGGCUGGGCCUGGACGGCAACCGCGCCAAGGACAUGGGGCUCUUCGAGGUGUUCUCCCAGCAGCUGCCCACGGCCGAGCCGGUGGACAGCAGCGUGUCCUCCUCCAUCUCGGCCGAGGAGCAGUACGAGCUGCCGCUGGAGCUGCCCUCCGACCUGUCCGUCCUCACCACGCGCAGCCCCACGGUCCCCGGGCAGAACGCCGCCCCCCGGCUGGCCGGCAUCCCCGAGUCCGCGGAGAAGAGGGGGGCCGGGCCGGACAAGGCGGCGGCGGCGGCGGCGGCGGCGGCGGCCUCGGCCGACGGGGACCCGGCCCUGCUGAGCCCCGGCGGGGAGCCGGCGGCCGAGGGCCACGGGACUCCCGACCGCUUCCUGCCGGGCCGCCUGGAGGCGGACCACAUCGCCAGCCCCCCUCCCUGCGGCCCCGGGGAGCCCGGGCGCGGCGGCCAGGAGUUGGCCGGGAACGGCGGGCCCCCCGGCCUCCAGGUGCCCGUCUCGCCCACGGUGCCGCUGCAGAACCCCAAGUACGGCCCCGGCCCCGCCAACAGCCCCGGGCCCUCGCAGAUCUCCAACGCGGCCGUCCAGACCACCCCGCCCCACCUGAAACCGGCCGCCGAGAAGCUCCUCGUGGUCAACCAGAACCUGCAGCCCCUGUACGUCCUCCAGACCCUCCCCAACGGGGUGACCCAGAAGAUCCAGCUGACCCCGCCGGUGGGCUCGGCCCCCAUGGAGGCCGGUGCCUCCCCCCUCUUCCCCCGGGCCGGCAAAGAGCUGCUCCCCAUGGCCCACCACCAGCACCUGCACGGCUUCCCGGCGGCCUCCCAGGGCAGCUUCGCUCCCAACCUGGGCAGCUCCCCCUCGGGCCUGCUGGUCGGGGUCCAGCCGACCCCGGACCCGCAGCUCCUGGUCUCGGAGGCCAGCGUCCCCGCCGCCGCCCCGCCCGCGGGGCUGCGGAAACGGCCCAUCUCCCGCCUGCAGUCCCGCAGGAGCAAGAAGCUGGCUCCUUCCGGCGGCCCGCCCCCGCCCGACCUGGUCUCCAACAUGACGCUCAUCAACUUCGCCCCCUCGCAGCUGCCCGGCCACGCCGGCCUGCUGGACCUGGGGUCGCUGGGCGGCGCCUCGGCCCACCGGACCGUCCCGAACAUCAUCAAGCGGUCCAAGGCCGGGGUCAUGUAUUUCGAGCCCACGCCCCUGCUGCCACCGGGCGUGAGCGGGGGGCCGGCCGCCACGGUCGGGGCCGGCCCCAUGGGCCCGGACUCCGGCCACCUCCCCGGGGGACCGGCCGCGGGUUCGCCGGUCCUGAACGUCGUGCCCGUGCCGGGCGCCCCGGCUCCCGGCGCGGGAGGGUCGGUCGCCGGCCACGGCUUGGGGCAGCAGGGCUCGGUGGCCCUGACCGGCCCCAGGCUGCUCGGGGCUCCGGACGUCGGCUCCAUCGGCAACCUCUUGAUCAAAGCCAGCCAGCAGAGCCUGGGCCUCCAGGAGCAGCCGCCGCCACCGCAACACGUGGCCCUGCCCCCCGGCUCCAGCAUGUUCCCCCAGAUGGGAUCGUCGCAGACCCCGUCCGCCGCAGCCGCGACCACCUCUUCCGGCAUCCGCGUGCUGCCCCCGGCGCAGACCCUGGGCGCGACGGUCCCGCCAUCAGCCGGGGACCGGGAAGGGCCCUACGGGCUCCAGCACGUGUCCCAGCUCCUGGGGAGCAAAACGGGGCUGGCGUCUUCCCAGCCGGACCAGGCCUCGGCCUCCGGCCCCCAGCCGUCCGGCUAUCCCCAGCUCGUGGAAGGGCCCGGCGGCGCCGAGCCCGAGCCGAGCAAAGCGGCGGCGGCGGCGGCCAGGCCCGCCGGCUCGGCCUCGCCCGGUGGGUCCCCGCCUUCCGGACGGCCGGCGCCCCCGGGCCCCGCCAGGCCGAAGACGAAGGCCAAGCGGAUCCCGCCCCCGGCGGACCAGGGAAACGGCAAGAAGCACAAGGCCUCGCACGGGUGUUGUGUCGGGUCCCCCGAACCUCCCGCCCCAGAUGCGGACACGUCAUCCCCGGACGUGGGGCAAGCGACGGCUCUCCCUGAGGCUCGGGCAAUGACGAGUCCCCCGAGCGAGCGAGGGAGUGCAGAGCCGAAAGCCGCCGAGGAAGAGGAGAACACCUUCAGCUCCCCGCUGAUGUUCUGGCUCCAGCAGGAACAGAGGCGGAAGGAGAGCGUCGGCGAAAAGAAGCCCAAGAAAGGGCUGGUCUUCGAGAUUUCGAGUGACGACGGCUUCCAGAUCUGCGCGGAAAGCAUCGAGGAUGCCUGGAAGUCCCUGACCGACAAAGUUCAGGAGGCUCGAUCCAACGCCCGUCUGAAGCAGCUCUCGUUCGCAGGUGUGAGUGGCCUGCGGAUGCUGGGGAUCCUCCACGACGCGGUGGUGUUCCUCAUCGAGCAGCUGUCCGGCGCCAAACACUGUCGCAACUACAAGUUCCGCUUCCACAAGCCGGAGGAGGCCAACGAGCCCCCGCUGAACCCUCACGGCUCGGCCCGGGCCGAGGUCCACCUGAGGAAGUCAGCAUUUGACAUGUUCAACUUCCUGGCUUCCAAACACCGCCAGCCCCCCGAGUACAACCCCAACGACGAGGAGGAGGAGGAGGUACAGCUGAAGUCGGCUCGGAGGGCCACCAGCAUGGAUCUGCCCAUGCCCAUGCGGUUCCGACAUCUGAAGAAGACUUCCAAGGAGGCCGUCGGGGUCUACAGGUCUGCCAUCCACGGCCGGGGGCUCUUCUGCAAGAGGAACAUCGACGCGGGAGAGAUGGUCAUCGAGUACUCGGGCAACGUCAUCCGCUCCAUCCUGACGGACAAGCGGGAGAAGUAUUACGACGGCAAGGGCAUCGGCUGCUACAUGUUCCGCAUCGACGACUCGGAAGUGGUGGACGCCACCGUGCACGGCAACGCGGCCCGCUUCAUCAACCACUCGUGCGAGCCCAACUGCUACUCGCGGGUCAUCCACAUCGACGGCCAGAAGCACAUCGUCAUCUUCGCCAUGCGCAAGAUCUACCGCGGCGAGGAGCUCACGUACGACUACAAGUUCCCCAUCGAGGACGCCAGCAACAAGCUGCCCUGCAACUGCGGUGCCAAGAAGUGUCGGAAGUUCCUCAACUAGCCCGCUGCCCCUCAGCUCCUCA